AGAGGGUUUGGUUUUUGAAAGAAAAAAGAACCUGCCAUUUCUCCCCCCUUUUAGGGUGACCUUUUGUUUUCGUUCUUAGAAAAAAAAUUUGAAGCAAAAGCAGAAAGAUUUUGAAGUUUAUUCUAACAAAAAUGGACACUGAAUCCCCAAAAUAGCCUUAUGAUUUUUUUUCACCAUUGCUUUGCAUGUCAGUUUUGACUGCAGUAGAAAAGACAGGCUUUUGUCUUAACCCACACUUUAUAUAACAAAGCCUUUCUUUAUAUAGCUCAAAACCAGGAACAUCAAUUAUUACAUCUCAUAAUAUAUUCAUUGUACUUGCAACAAUUGUGUCUUUCAUCUCCAUCCUUCCACCACUUCCUCAAAAGUCCAUCUUCCUCAGUUUAGCCCUUCUUUUUCCUUCAUAGACUGCUUCCAGACAGGUCCAGGGAAUGCAGAAAGAUGUGCUUGCAUGCUGUGAACUUUUUAUUUGAAGCACAUAAAGUUGUAUCCGGUUCUGAAUUACCCGCAUUCAUUCCCGAUGAUGUUGGAUGCUCAACAGACAGCAAAUUCAUUCCCUGUAUUCAUAUUGUAAAUAGAGUUGAAAGUAAAAUCUCUGCCAUGUUGAAGGGUGACCUCGUUGAAGACGGUUGAGCACUCCGGUUAUAGCCACUCCUGCUCUUUAGAUGUUAUACAUAUAUAUAGUUACUGCAGGAGAUAAAAAUUUAUCUAAGGGUGUUAAGAUUUGAACUUUAGAAUGGAAAAUAAAGGGAAGGUGUUGAUGCAUAAGUAUGAAUUCGGAAGAUUGUUAGGACAAGGAAACUUUGCCAAGGUUUACUAUGCAAGGAAUAUAAAAACCAGUCAGAGUGUGGCGGUUAAGGUCAUCGACAAGGGGAAGGUUUUGAAAGUGGGGAUGAUGGACCAAACCAAGAGGGAGAUAUCGGUUAUGAGCCUGGUUAAACACCCGAAUAUCCUGGAGCUUUAUGAGGUGAUGGCUAGCAAGAACAAGAUUUACUUUGUUAUGGAAUAUGCCAAAGGUGGUGAGCUCUUCAAGAAGGUAUCUAAAGGGAAGUUGAGAGAGGACAUGGCAAGGAAGUAUUUUCAACAACUGAUCAGUGCAGUUGAUUUUUGCCACAGCAGAGGCGUUUAUCAUCGGGAUCUGAAGCCGGAAAACUUACUCCUGGAUGAAAAUGGAAUUCUUAAAGUGUCGGAUUUCGGUUUGAGUGCGCUUGCAGAGUCUAAGCAUCAAGACGGGUUACUCCACACAAGUUGUGGAACCCCUGCUUAUGUAGCGCCUGAAGUUAUAAACCGAAAGGGUUAUGAUGGAGCCAAAGCCGAUAUCUGGUCUUGUGGGGUGAUCCUCUAUGUUAUGCUUGCUGGUUAUCUGCCAUUUCAUGAUUCGAAUCUAAUAGCAAUCUAUAGGAAAAUAAGCAAGGCAGAGUACAAAUUUCCUAAUUGGUUUUCACCUGAAGUGACCAAGCUGCUGUCAAGAAUCCUCAAUCCGAAUCCAAAAGCUAGGAUUUCAAUCGCGAAAAUAAUGACAAAUCCGUGGUUCAGAAAAGGGUUUAACUCGAAACCAAUUCAGAGUAAAGUUGAAAAAGUGUUGGUUCCAGCCGAUAUCGAUGCAGCUUUUAGUUCUGAGACUAAGUCCAAUGCAUUUGAAGCAAAGAAAGACAUGGCUAAGGUAACUAAUUUGAAUGCCUUCGACAUCAUUUCUUUAUCGAGUGGAUUCGAUUUGUCCGGACUAUUUGUGGAAAAUGACGAGAAGAAGGAAGUGCAAUUUACGUCGACACAUACGUUCUCUGCCAUAACAUCUAAACUAGAGGACAUUGCUCAAAACUUGAAGUUGAAAGUUAAGAAGCAUGGAGGGCUAAUGAAAAUGGAAGGAUCCAACGGAGGUCGAAAAGGCGCAUUGGCUAUUGAUGCCGAGAUAUUUGAGUUUACCCCAUCUUUCCACUUAGUGGAGCUGAGGAAAUCCUGUGGUGAUACAUUGGAGUUUCGAAAUAUGUUUCAACAGGAUGUUAGACCAGCACUGAAGGACAUUGUUUGGGCUUGGCAAGGUGAGCCGCUUCGCUCAUCCUAGCCGUCUUCAAUUCAAGUAUUAUUUGCAUAAUGUUUUUAAUGUUUCUCUUUGUUGAAUCAUUGUUAGGCAAUUCAAGUUGGAUUUCAUUGUGUGAUUCUGGCAUUUGGGUGUUGUUUAGUAACCAUUUUAUUAAUGUUUGUGAAUGAUAUCUAAGUUCGGUUGUGUUGUGCGGUUAA